AUGGAAGGCUAUUAUGAUGGUGUCAUUUUCCAUCGAAUUGUUCCCGGAUUCUUAGUCCAGACAGGAGAUCGUACAGGAACCGGUGCAGGAGGAGAAUCAUUCUACGGAGAGGUGUUUGAGGAUGAAAUUCAUCCACGACUUAGGUUUCCACAUCGAGGACUUGUAGCAAUGGCGAACAAUGGGUCUAAAAAUACCAAUGAUUCGCAAUUUUUCAUUACCCUUGACCGAGCUGAAGAGCUACAUGGCAAACAUACCCUCUUUGGGAGAGUGGUAGGGAACACCAUAUUCAAUGUGCUUAAGAUUGGACAAGCCGAAUUGGGCGAAAACGAACGGCCACUUUAUCCUCCAAAAAUCAAGACUGUUCGUAUCAUCGACGACCCAUUUGGGGAUAUCGUUCCUCGAAUCACGGCUGCCGAAAAACGUGCGCAGCAGAUGGCUAGGGAGAAUGCUCAACGGGCGAGAGAAGAAGCGAUUCGCAGGAAGGGCGCUAAGAAAAACGUUGCUCUGUUGUCGUUCGGAGAUAAUGCAGAAGCUGAGGAUGAGCCUGUAAUAUUCACCAAGAAGAGUCUGAGUCGACCCGAUUUGGUUGAUAACCCAGAUACUCGCAGUGCGGUAGCCGUCCCUGAACCACCCAAACCGCGCACCAAGCCUACAGAGUCGGUUCCUAAACCUACACAAGAGAGGGUAGAACAAGAUGACUCCGGUUCCAAGAAAGUCGACAAUAAAGAGGGCGACCUCACAUCUAUAAGAAAGAAGCACAAAUCCGAAAAAGAUGCUAAAAAGCAAUCGGAGAAAACUGAACUCGAAAAGAUGGAGGAGGCCGUUCGUAAGAUUGCCCGCCGACACGAAGAUUCUGAUAGUGAGAACGAGAGGGAAGCCAAAAAGCCUAAAGGGCCAUCACAGUUGGAGCUCGAGCUUGCCAAGUACAAGAAGGGGCGAGGUGAUGGAGGAAAGAAGGGCAAAGGGAAAGGAAGGGACGAAGGCGACUUGUUGGCCGCAUUGUCGAGCUUCAGGGGAAGGUUACAAAAAUCUUUAGGUGAUGAGGAUGAAGAUGGAGAUGUGGGUAUGGAAGAUGGGCCCGAAAGCAAGGAAAAGGCAGAGGGCGAGCAGCCAGAAGAAGUAGACAAUGAUUCCUCAUGGAUUGGACAUAAACUCAAAUUCGCUAAAGAUGACGGGUCGGAAACCCGAAGAGCUGAGCACGAAUACGAGGUCAUCGAUCCUCGUGCGAGGAGCAGCCAAGCGAAGAUGGAAGAGCGAGAACGUAAGGCCAAUAAACGGUCUAAUAUCGGCCAGGCAUUCCAAAAAGGAAGGCGUUAG